AAAUAAAUUAAUAAAUAAUUUUUUUAAAAAGAGAGAGAGAGAGAGAGAGAGCUGAGGGGUGGAGGAGAGAGGUCUGAAGAAACCUAUAGAAGAGAAAUUGUCCCAAACCUUGUCUGGGGAAAGGGGUUUUUUUUUUGCAUACUAUAAUUCAUGACUUCCUUCUGGGAAAAAAUGAUCAUUCCUGAUAAGCAAUUUCUAAAUGACUUUAAUGGAAUUAAGACUUGUUAUAGAAACUAGUUAUCCACCCAACCUGAUGCCUGUUAGAUACACUCUCAUUUUUAUAGCUCGCCAACGAUUAUGUAACCCUUCUCUUUUCCUAUAUAAACUCUUUUCCCUGAGUGAAACCUGAAAUUGCCCUCUUGCUGUUCCCUUACAGCUAGACUGUAAUAAAGCUUUGAAAUAUACUCAUAACUAAGCUGUCUGAAACUAAAAACCUUUUCAACAGGGAUCUAAUAUAUUAAUUUACAUAGUUUAGAUUUUAAAACUAUUUACAGAUGAUAUGUUAUUACAGUGUUACUAAGUUUAAUUCUUUUUAAAAAUAAAAUGAAAGAAGAAACUCUUCCUUUAAAUAAAUUACUGUUUUCUAUUUACCACGUCUAUAUGGCAUAUGUUUUCUAUAUGUCACGUUUAUAUUAAUCAGUAAAAAUUACGUACACGUUUCCUUUCAAUAUGAUUCUCCAUGAAGCCCAAACUACAUCAAACUAGAAAUCUCCGUAGAUGAAGAGGAAGUCCCUGAGGCCUUACGGACAUAAACUCCAGGAGCCUUAUGGGAAAUGUAGUCUCUGGUGGAUUUCCUCAGAGAACCCUGGGGGGAGGGUCUGGGUGAGUCGCUACUUCCGCACACGCGCAGUGGGGACCUCAGGAAGUGUUUGCGUUCCUCCACGUGUUUCAGUACUGAGCGGUGGGUGAGCUAGAAGGGCUUGAGAGACAGGUGGAGAGCAGAGACCGGCUUCUCAGUUCAUGUGAAGAAAGCAUAAUUGUAGGUAACUCCUAUGCGCGGGGGCAUUUGGCUCAGAGGAAGCGGAGUAAGGGCCGGGCUCCUUUCUGCCCAGGUCUGGCAGGGGCGUGGCGGGCCAGUCUGCGUUGCUGUGCUGUAGGUAGUGUGGCCCGCGUAGGGAGCCCCCGCCUGUGCGUUGAACCGUAACUCAUCUCAUUCCACAAGAUUUCUGACUCGCCGAAGGCAGUAAACCCCUUCAAAGCGGCGGGGAAGAGAAUCAAUACAGCCAGUGCCAGACACUGUUAAGCACAUUAUUUUAAAGUAUUGGCAUUUGUUUAUCACGAUGACUUUGUAAGUGUACUCAUCGUUUUACAGGGAGGUAUGAAGCUGCUUCAACUCACACAGCUAGUUAGUGGAGGAGCGGGUAUUCAAACUCAGUGCCAUUUUACCCAAAUUUCAUUAAUUUUGCAACAUAGCACUUUGCCUAAAACAAAGAGUUAGUUUGUAUUCUUCUUGAGGAGUGAAUGCUAAACGAACUUCAACUUGUGAUCAUUGUUAUUGAGAGAACUCUUGGUGUCUCUGCAGGAAGACUGUGUAAUUGAACCUGAGGGUCCCUCUUGCGUAUUCCUGCCUGUUUUAGUUUCCAGCGGCCCUGGUUAAAAUCUACAAAAAGCCAACCUAGGGCCACAGGAUGGUGAGUUUAAAGAAUCGUGGCCCAACGUGAAGGUUCCUGUUGAAGGAGUGUUGCUUCUCCAUCAGAUUAACCCCGGGAAGAGGCUCUCCUGACCUGUGACGUUUUUACCCCAUUUCAGUUGAGACAAGAAUCAACUUCUGUCUCUACUAUCUAGUGAGAGUAGGGCUUGACUCAUGGCAUUACAUGGAUCAGUGACAUUCCAGGAUGUGGCUGUGGACUUCACCCUGGAGGAGUGGCAGCUGCUGGGAUAUUCUCAGAGGAAGCUGUAUUGGGAUGUGAUGCUGGAGAACUUUAGAAACCUCAUCUCAGUGGGGUGUCCAGUCACCAAAACAAAAGUGAUCUUCAAGGUGGAGCAAGGACAAGAGCCAUGGAUGGUGGAGGGAGAGAACCCACAUUGGCGCUCUCCAGAAGUUAUCUGCUUACUUGAUGAUGAGCUAGAGGGACAGGAAGGAGAAGGAAGCAAAGACAGUUUUUUGAACCAAGGUAUGUUCACCUUCAAGAAAACACUGACCAAUGAGACAGUCCAAAAUUGUAAUCUGAAUAUAAAUUUUAUUUCUUCAAGAGAAAAACAGCAUAAAUGUGAAUCAAAUGGAAAGUGUUUGCAACCUAACUUAUACUUUCUUAGUUAUAAUAAAAGUUAUAUCAUAGAAAACUCUUAUGAAUACAAGGAAUGUGGAAAAGCCUUCAAAAACAAGUUGUGUCUUAUUAGACAUGAAAAAAAGCACAGAAGGAAAAAAACUUUUGGGUGCAGUGAAUGUGGGAAAGCCUUCCAAAAGAAGUCUCAUCUCAUUAGACAUGAAAAAAAGCAUACAAGGAAAAAAAUAACCUUUGAAUGCAGUGACUGUGGGAAAGCCUUUAACAGUAAGGGACACCUUGCAGCUCAUCAAAAAAUUCAUAGUGGAGAGAGACCCUUUGUGUGCAGUGAUUGUGGGAAAGCUUUUACGCAUAAAGCACAACUCGUGGUCCAUCAGAGACUCCACACUGGAGAGAAGCCUUAUGAAUGUGGUCAAUGUGGGAAAUCAUUCACCUGGAACUCUUCCUUUACUCAGCAUGUGAAAUCGCACACACCCGAGAACUCAUUUGAAUGUAAGGAGUGUGGGAAAAGCUUCAAGUACAGUUCAUCCCUUUAUAAACACUCCAGAAUCCAUACAGGCGAGAAACCAUACCGAUGCAGAGAAUGUGGCAAAGCCUUUGCAGACUCAUCAGUGUUGGUCAUGCAUCAGAGAAUUCAUACAGGCGAGAAACCCCACGGGUGCACUGAAUGUGGCAAAGCCUUCAUCAAGAGAUCACAUCUCCUUAAACAUUACUCAACUCACAGCAGAGCAACAAAAUAAAUGCAACACAUGUGCGAAAUCUUUUAACUAGAAGACACAUCUUAUUCUCCAUCAAAGAAGUCAUAAAAACAAGGGAGCUUUGUAAAUGUGGGAAAACUUAAAAUUAGCCUUUUACUGAAGCAGCAAAGAAUUCAUCAUGAGAAAAACCCUAUCAGUUGAAUAAAUGUGGAAAAGCAUGUUCUGAAAUUCAUGUUCUGUAAGUGAUAUUACUAAUUUUAUUGAAAAGAUUGCAGAAAAUUUUGAGCUACAGACAACUUUACAGUAAAACUGAGGAAGUUGUGAAAAAAAUUGAAUAAUUAAGGCAUCAGACUGACUAUAAUUGCAUGUGUACACUGCCCCGAUUUAUGAUUUUUACACAAUUUAUACAAAUGUCUGCAUUGCUUAAGAAAUUUGUAUAACCAUGGGUUUGAAAUAUAUGCUAUGCACAUUAUACAAAAUUUUAUCUGUUGUAACGAUGGUUGCAUAACAUUGUGAACGUACUUAAUGCCAAUGAAUUGUACACUUAAAAAUGGUUUAGAUAGUACAUUUUAUGUUCUGUAUAUUUUGAUACAAUAAAAAAUGUAUAAAUAAAACUUGA